GAAAGCAUGUGCCGCAGCACUAGAGCUUCUGCAGUUCCUGUUGUACCUGAUUCUAAAGGAACGGAUACAAAUCCCUUUUCUCUCGAUGCAUUAGCUGUUUUCAUGUUUCGUGUGCUUCAAAGAGUUAAUCAUCCGGGGAAUCUUGACAAGAAUUCUCCAAAUGCUGGCUAUGUGCUGCUAAUGUUUUAUCACCUUUAUGAUGGCAAGAGCCGUGAAGAGUUUGAGAGGGAAUUAGUUGAACGUUUUGGUUCUCUUAUCAAAAUGCCAUUACUUAAAGAUGACAGGAGUCCUCUGCCUGAUGGUGUGAAGUCUGUUUUGGAGGAGGGUAUAAAUCUGUACAAGCUUCACACUAACAGACAUGGAAGAUUGGAGUCCACCAAAGGAUCUUAUGCAAAGGAAUGGGCUAAAUGGGAGAAACAGUUGCGAGACACUUUAGACAGCAAUGCUGACUAUAUUGGCUCUGUUCAGGUUCCGUUUGAGUCUGCAGUUAAGCAAGUGUUGGAACAACUAAGGCUUGUUGCAAAGGGUGAGCAGGAAACACCGAGUACUGAGAAGAGGACGUCUGGAGCCAUUGUUUUUGCUGCUGUUUCUUUACCUGUUACAGAGAUCCAAAGCCUCCUUAAAAAUUUGUCUGGGAAGGAUCCAAACAUUGAGCUCUUUUUCAAGGACAAAGACAUGGAGCAUUGCCUGAAGAAGGCACAUGUUACUCUGGCUCACAAGAGGAGCCACGGUGUUCCAGCUGUUGCCAGUUAUGGUCCCUUCCUCCAUCAAAAGGUACCUGUUGAAUUGACGGCAUUGCUCUUCACCGAUAAAAUGGCUGCAUUGGAAGCUCAACUUGGUUCUGUUGAUGGAGAAAAGAUUGUUUCCAGAAACGAGUGGCCCCAUGUUACCAUAUGGACUGGAGAGGGAGUUCCACCGAAGGAGGCUAACACGUUGCCACAAUUGCAUUCAGAAGGGAAAGCAACCCUCAUUGAAAUCAACCCCCCGGCUACCAUAUCAGGCACAAUGGAAUUUUAUUAACUUCUUCCAUCUUUUUCUUCUUUCCUUUUAUCAUGUGGCCACUCAUGAAAUGGAUUGGUCUAAAUUUUAUUUUAUGAAUUUCCAUGUCAUGAGAUUCUUUGGCUACUUGGUAGUGAAAAUGCUGAAGGUGAGGGUAGAUUAGAUACUUAAAAUAAUAAUAAUAAU